GCUCCAAGCUACUUUUGCGCUGGACGCAGGGAGUAGCGCACCGCGUGCACCGUAAAGAUCACCGGACGCUUGCUCAGACCCUCACCGCGUCAGCCGACGCGGAAACUUAGAACGCUUCCGCCAACGGAGCCGCCAAACAAGGCUCCUGGCCUGCAGCCCCCUAAACACGCCGCCGCAGCAAGCCGCAGCAACAAAAAAGCCAGGAAACCAUGGCCACGACCCGCGCCGCCGCCGCUUCACAAAACGACGAGCGCAUGCGCGCCGCCGUGCCGCCCAUCGCGUUCGAGCCGCACGAUCUCGGCCCGCAAAGUCCCGAAACUUCUAGUGAUGUCGUCGACUCGCUCACGCCGGCCCUGAUGCGCGUCAACCUGGACAAGAAACGCGGCGCGGACGACCUCAGGGUGAGCUUCGACCGGUCUUCGGAUGAAGACGGGCCUCGCAGCAACAGGUCUGGGGAUUCGAAGCGAUCCUCACUAGGCCAGACGCCGGUGGGCAUCAAGCAGCUGAAGAACUCGCCGACCGGUGCUUCAUCUACAGUAGUGCUGUACUCGAAGGCGGGGUUAGGUCACGACACCGGAGCGAAGCAUCAGGAAAGCGUCAUGCGGCUGGCCGUGCUCGGCGUCGUGAGCGACGGGUUACGGGAAUUACAAGUAGAAGCGCGGGAGUCGUCGUUUGUAUGUCCUUUGGGAGAUGUGGUGCGAGUCCACGACGCCGAUUAUGUCCGUUCUCUACAAGAGAAGUGUUCCCAGCUACCCGCAACCUCGGACGUCACUCCAGCACAAGGCGCCUGCUUGGACACGGACACGAGGCUAUGUGCUAAUAGUCUAGAUGCGGCGCUUGGUGGGUGUGGUGCGGCUUGCGAAGCUAUUGAUCUAGUGGCGACAAAUAGAGCGCAGAACGUCUUCGUCGCGUGUAGACCCCCGGGGCACCACGCCGGGCCUCGGGGAGCCGUGGCCUGCUUCAGGCAUUUCUGGCGGUCGCCGGACAUGUGUUCCUGCGGGUUCUGUCUGCUGAACACGGCGGCCGUCGCUGGCGCGUACGCGAGGUACAGGUACGGGCGGCCGCGAGCCGUCCCCGAGCAGUCGAAAGUACUGCGAAAAAUAGCAAUAAUAGACUUCGACGUGCACCACGGCAACGGCACGGAAGAAAUUGUCAAAGGUUUGAAGCCGCAUAAAGUGCAAAAGCCCUUACCUGAUAGCUGGCCCGCGGAGUACCGAGAAGUGCACAAGCCCUGGUUGGAUGAAAGUGAUGGGGACGAGGUCUUCUUUGGGAGCGUGCACCUGUGGGACGCCAAGGGCGCCUUCUAUCCGGGCGGCGGCGGUCCCCAGGAGUCGUCUGAUACCAUCGUGAACGUGCCUCUGGCUGCGGUGGGACCGAAGCCCGGGGAUGUGCGGGCGAGGCAAUCAUUAACCGCCUCGCAGCGAGCGAAACUCUGCGACGAGGCCGGUGCGAAUCUAAGGCGAGAUGUCAGUGCGCAACUGUUGCCGGCGUUGCAGCGGUUCGACGCGGACUUGGUCAUCUUCAGCGCGGGCUUCGACGGCUACGAGGCGGAUUUGUACCACUGGUUCCGCGAGUCGGACUACGAGUGGCUCACGCACGCGGUCUUGGACGCGUCGCCUCGAGCAUCGUGCAUUUCGAUCCUAGAAGGCGGGUAUAGUACGUGGGACUGGCCGCCGAAAGAGGCAAAACGCGCCGGGACACGUAGGACGGCGUCGCCCGACCAAGAUACUGAAGUGCAAAAGCCGGGGCUCCUGCGGGCUUGUGCGGCGCACGUGUCCGCGUUGGCGGCGCGGGCGCCUCCCUCUCCUCCGCCUCGCGGAUUCUGAGUUUUUGUCUAAAUUCACUGGGUGUUUACAACAUGGCUUAG